AGGUGAAGAAAUGGAUAAUAGAUGCAAGAGUACUACUCGGGAUGCUACUGGUACAAGUUAUUUCAACAGGGUUACAGUUACUUUCCAGGAUUGUACUGAGUCAGGGCAUCUUCGCCUUCGCUCUAAUGACAUAUCGUCAUGCCGUUGCCGCCUUAGUCAUGAUGCCUUUCGCUAUCUAUUUCGAAAGAGGUAUUUUGAAAAAGCUUACGUUAAUAGCUUUCUUCUGGGUUUUCAUGGUGGCAUUAGUUGGGAUAACCAUGGCGAUGGGAUUAUUCUAUUAUGGUUUGAAGGAAACCACAGCAACAUAUGCUACAAAUUUCACUAACAUUGUUCCAAUUCUCACUUUUCUCUUCUCAACUAUCCUAAGGUAUUAUGUGAAAUUAUUCAAUGUAUUUCCAUAUAAAUAUACAGCAACUUUUCUCAUAUGCUUAGUAGCUUCAAUUCAAGAUGUGGUAAUUGGGUUAUGCAUGGAUAGAAAACCAAAAUCUUGGCAGUUGGGUUGGAAUCUCCAACUUAUUACUAUUCUUUACUCUGGGAUAUUGGCAACGGCUGGUUCGUUUACUUUGAUAUCAUGGGCAGUUACACAAAAAGGACCAACAUACCCUUCAAUGUUCAAUCCAUUAGCACUCAUUUUUGUCACUAUAACAGAAGCACUUUUCCUCGGUGAGGCUAUUACUGUCCAAAGAUGCAGCUUGAUAGGGAUGAGUUUGAUUAUUGUGGGGUUGUAUUUGUUCUUAUGGGGAAAGCACAAAGACAUGAAAGGCGGCGCCCGUAUUCCGGUCAAAGAAAGUGGUGGCGCUGGCGGAGAUGCUCCGUCGGUCGAGCCGGAAUCUGUUAGAUCGCAGUCGUCCGCCGUAGUUGUUCCAACCGCUUCUAGUUAA